AUGACUUCAGCGAGCGGUAGUAACGAUACAAAGCACGGUGCUGGCUCUGCAGAGCAGCAGGGCGAGAUCGACGAGGGGCUGUACUCCAGACAGCUCUACGUCCUGGGCAAAGAGGCCAUGCUCAAGAUGCAACACUCCAGCGUGCUAGUGUUAGGGUGUCGCGGGCUAGGGGUCGAGAUCGCCAAGAACGUCGCCCUAGCGGGUGUGAAAUCGCUUACUUUACAGGACUCAGAGGCAGCACAGCUACAAGAUCUGUCCACUCAAUUCUUCAUCAGCGAGGCGGAUUUGGGUCAACCAAGAGAUAAAGUUUCUCAGGGGAAACUGGCGGAAUUGAACGGGUACGUCCCCGUGGACGUGAUCCCUCCUGUCACUGACCUUGCGCAACUCGACCGUUUCGACGUCGUAGUCGCCACGGACACAACGUCCCUCGAGGACCGUGUCAAGAUCAACGAUUACUGUCACCCUCGUGGGAUCAGGUUCAUUGCUACAGAGACGAGGGGGCUAUUCGGCCACGUGUUCGUCGAUUUCGGUGACCAAUUCACCGUGAUGGACCAAACAGGGGAGGAACCGCACGCAGGUGUAGUCUCCGAUAUAGAACCGGAUGGGACUGUGACCAUGCUCGACGAUAACAGACACGGAUUGCAGGACGGCGAUUACGUUAAAUUUUCAGAAGUACAAGGGCUUGAGGGACUCAACAGCGGGGAACCAUACAAAGUGGAAGUUCUAGGACCCUUCGCGUUCCGUAUUGGGUCCGUCUCCCAUUUGGGACAGUACAUCAAGGGCGGGCUUUUCACAGAGGUCAAGAUGCCUCAGAAGAUCGCGUUCAAAUCACUUAGAGACUCCCUCGCAGAACCAGAAAUGGUCUUCUCCGAUUUCAGUAAGUUCGACAGAGCUGGACAAUUACACUUGGCCUUCCAGGCGUUACACCAAUUCCAAGUCAGACACAGUGGCGCUCUACCAAGACCAAUGAACCAAGAGGACGCAAACGAAAUUGUUAAACUUGUGGGGGACUUAGCGGCACAGCAACCACAAGUCCUCGGUGCAGAAGAAAACUCAGUGAACGAACCACUGGUCCGCGAGUUCUCGUACCAGGCUAGAGGUGAUAUCCCCGGUGUCGUCGCCUUCUUUGGUGGACUAGUAGCCCAGGAGGUUCUCAAGGCCUGUUCUGGGAAAUUCACACCUUUGAAACAGUACAUGUAUUUCGAUUCCCUGGAGUCUCUACCAGACAGCGAGAAGUUCAAGAGGACGGAGGAAACGACAAAACCGAUUAAUUCAAGGUACGAUAACCAGAUCGCAGUGAUGGGGCUUCAAUUCCAACAGAAACUGGCAAACUCAAAAGUGUUCCUAGUUGGUGCUGGGGCCAUUGGUUGUGAGAUGUUGAAAAACUGGGCUCUCGUGGGGCUCGGGUCGGGACCUCAGGGCCACAUCGUCGUCACGGACAACGACUCCAUUGAGAAAUCGAACUUGAACCGUCAAUUCCUGUUCAGACCAAGAGAUGUCGGUAGGGAAAAGGCCCAAGUUGCAGCAGAGGCGGUGUCCAAGAUGAACCCGGACUUGCAGGGGAAGAUCACCGCCAAGGUAGAUAAAGUUGGGCCGGACACGGAGAAUAUUUUCAACGACGAGUUCUGGCAACAACUCGACUUUGUCACCAAUGCACUGGACAACGUCGACGCGAGAACGUACGUUGACCGCCGCUGUGUGUUCUACAGGAAACCACUUCUAGAGUCCGGAACAUUAGGUACAAAGGGUAACACUCAAGUCAUCAUCCCAAGACUCACGGAAUCCUACUCCUCAUCGAGAGAUCCACCGGAGAAAUCGAUCCCACUGUGCACAUUGCGGUCGUUCCCAAGCAAGAUCGAUCACACCAUCGCGUGGGCUAAAUCUUUGUUCCAAGGUUACUUCUUCGAAGCACCCGAGAACGUCAAUUUGUACUUGUCGCAACCAAACUUCGUGGAGCAGACCAUGAAGCAAAGCGGGGACGUCAAGGGGAUCCUUGAGUCGAUCAACGACUCCCUCAACAAAAAACCGGCCAAUUUCGACGAGUGUAUUAGGUGGGCCCGCCUAGAGUUUGAAAAGAAGUUUAACCACGAUAUCAAGCAACUGCUGUACAACUUCCCAGCGGACGCGAAGACUUCCAACGGUGACCCCUUUUGGUCUGGUGCCAAGCGUGCGCCGACCCCGCUGGAGUUCAGCUUCGACGACCCCAACCACGUCGACUUCGUUGUCGGAUCCGCAAACUUGCGCGCGUUCAACUACGGUAUCACGGAGUCGGCCACCGCCGAGGGCACACAACACUACAGGGACGUGAUACAGGCGAUGCAGAUUCCCGAGUUCAAACCCAACGUCAACCUCAAGAUCCAAGUCAACGACGAGGAUCCAGACCCUAACGCGAACAACCCAAUGGGCGAUGAACUGGACACUUUGGCUGCAUCUUUGCCCAACCCGGCCACGUUGGCAGGUUUCAAGUUGGUCCCCGCGGAGUUUGAAAAGGACGACGACACGAACCACCACAUUGAGUUUAUCUCCGCGUGUUCCAAUUGUAGAGCGGAAAACUAUUCGAUCGAACUUGCGGACCGCCAGAAGACCAAGUUUAUUGCAGGCCGUAUCAUUCCAGCUAUUGCCACCACAACCUCGCUGGUCACAGGGUUGGUCAAUUUGGAGUUGUACAAAGUUGUCGACGGACAGACGGAUAUCGAGAAGUACAAGAACGGGUUUGUCAACUUGGCAUUGCCCUUCUUCGGGUUCUCGGAGCCAAUCAGCUCUCCAAAGGGCACUUAUAAUGAUAAAGAAUACGAUAGAAUCUGGGAUAGAUUCGAUAUCCAAGGUGACAUAAAACUGAAGGACCUGAUCGACCAUUUUGCCAAGGAGGAGGGAUUAGAAAUUACGAUGCUUUCCUACGGUGUGUCGCUGUUGUACGCAUCUUUUUUCCCACCCAAGAAACUGAAGGACCGGUUGGACUUGCCCGUCACAGAAUUGGUCAAAACGGUGACGAAGCAUGAAAUUCCUUCCCAUGUCCGCACAAUGAUUUUGGAAAUCUGUGCAGACGACAAAGAUGGUGAAGAUGUUGAAGUGCCCUUCAUUACAAUUCAUUUGUAA